UUCGACUGUCACGCCACGCAGAAUAGGAAUUUAUCUAAGAGAUGAAUUUUCAAAAGCCCUUCGGUUAUAGGAGCAGGCGGUUGUUGCGGUGGAAUAUUGGGGUCCAGUGAUUUCCGAAGACUCGUCACUGACACUGAAAGACUGUAGGUAGAGUUGUUAGAGGUUACUUACCUGUAUAAUGCCUGUAUACAUGAAAUGGUACCUGGGUUCACCUUGGGUUAGAUAAUGUUUAUAUCAUUCACUUCGUUACUCCUGUACCUUCUCACAGUUCUCACUCCUGAUUGAGUUAAUAAUUCUUUGAUGGUUAACGCAUCCGACAUUGGCGCUAAAAUCUGCAUUUUAUACAAUUUUGAUGUUUGAUGACAAGAUUGACAUUGUCAACAUCGACAGCUGUUUGAUGUAUGUUCAGAUACCAUACUUUUUUGUACUUAGUUACGUUAUGAGACUAGCUUUUUUUAAUACACUAACUACCUAAUUAAAUAUUUUGUAAUUUAUAAGAAGUUAGCUUAAAAAACUGCUAGAUACGGUAAAAUUUAUUAUAAGGACCGUGAUAAGUAUAAUUAUAACAAUAGAUUUUUUCUGAUACCCUAGUAGAUUCUAAAAAACAUUUUUUUAUAGUAACAUUGAUAAUCAAACGUCAAGUUUUGUCUUGUUCAUAUCUUGUUCUUUUAGCUCUAGCAGUGCUGUCAAAAAGUAAAAUAAACAUUUUGUUGGUUUACCUAUCUUAUUUUUAUUUUCAAUGCAAUUCCAUCUAAACUAUACAAAAUAUUCUUAAAUCGUUAAUAAGUUCAAUAUGAUAGUGUGACGCUGUGACUCUGAACAGUACAUUUAUUUACCUGUGACUUAAAUCUCCUGCCUUGACGAAUUUCAUUGUAUUUGCGAUGUUUAACCCCGAUUUUAAUGACUACCAAUUGACUUCUAUAAUCACUGAGAGUUCUGGGGGCGUAGCGGUGGUGUACUCUGCACUUUACAAGCCUAAUAAGCAGCAUGUUGCCGUUAAAAGAUACUUCGUUGAUAAUAGCAAGGAAAAUGCUAAUCUGAUUCAGCAAGACAUCUUAACCCGCAAAGAACUGCAACAUCAGAACAUUCUUCCAUACUUGACUUCUUUUGUCCAUGGCCAAGAACUGUAUGUAGUGUCUCCUCUGAUGACAUUUGGGUCCUGCCGAGAUGUCCUGGACCGGUACUUCCAUGAGGGCUUGCCUGAACUGGCCUGUGCUAUAAUACUGAGAGAUGUGCUCCUAGCAUUACAAUACUUGCAUAAACAGUUGUACAUACAUAGAAGCGUCCGAGCGUCGCACGUGCUAUUGAGCGACAACGGCAGCGUGCGUCUGUCGGGGCUGCGCAGUGCGGCGCCGCUCGUCCUGCGGGGGCGCCGGCAGCGCCGCCUGCACACCCUCCCCCCGCCCGAUCCCGACAACGCCAACCUCAUGUGGCUCAGCCCGGAGCUGCUGGAACAGAAUUUAAAAGGAUACGACGAGCGCUCGGACAUCUACUCGCUCGGUGUCCUAUGUUGCGAGCUCGGCAACGGCGCCGUGCCCUUCGCGGAGGUCCCCACCACCCUCAUGUUCACCGAGAAGGUGCGCGGUUCGCGCCCGCAGCUGCUCGACUGUUCCACCUUCCCGCAACCCGCGGCUCACGAAGUGAAAAAUAUGUACAAUACAGAGCCCGGCGUGGGCGACAGCGCGGAGUGCGGCGUGGCGCGGCUGCGCGCGCUGUACUCGGCGCGGAAACUGUCCGACGCCUUCCACCAUCUCAGCGAGCAGGCGCUGCAGAGGGACCCAGAAAAAAGGCCGUCGGCGGCGCAGCUCCUAAGCCACCAGUUCUUCAGGCAGAUCCGCAAGACUGACUUCCUGCCUAGCCUCAUCGGCCGCGUCAUGCCAAUCAAGCCUGACCAAGAUGACAUGUCCGCUUUGCUUUUACAAGAGAAAAUGUCCGAAAUGGAGAUAGAGAAGACGACGGAAUGGGACUUCUAAACACAUACUACUGACAAUACGGAUAUGGGAACAUAGCUCUGCCCCUUAGGGCCGAGUCGCAUAUGUGUAUAUCAAUUAUUAGUAUAUAUAGAACUAAAAUCAUCUCGUCUGUUAUCUGACGUGAGUAUUGAAAAUAUUUGUAUUGAUUAUUUAUUUCCUCGUAUAAUUAGAAUUAUUGUACAUUUGAUGUGCUCUUUAUGAAGACAUUAUUAUCUGUGUUAUCUGUCAUUCAACUUUCUUGGCGCGUAGGUCCUGAUAAAAACAAGCGUUUUAACCUCCUAACUUGAAGAUUAUAUAAAUAACGCACCUACAAUAUUAAGUUAAAAUUAUCUUAAAAUAUUUAUCGCGAACAUACAUACACACAAACAGUGUAGUGAUGCACACGGGGUAAAUAAAGCGUCAGUUUCAUACUCGGUUAAAUACAACAUUCUCAUUAAACUCUGUGUGGAAUACUAUUAAGUAUAUCGAUGGGAAAAUUAUGGCAGUAAGUGUACGGUGUUAUAAUAAUACUAUUAAAUAUUAUUUACUUGUUGUACAGUCAACUGUAAAAAUAUGGGUGUACAAAUAAGGGGCUAUUCAUAAAUUACGUCAUUUCAAAUUAGGGGGGAGGGGUCUGGACAUUGGAUGCCGGUAGCAUGAAGUAGGAGGAAAUGGGGUCAUUUGAAGCAUGAUUUUUGGAUUAUUAUGGGGGGGGGGGGGUGUCAAAAAUCGACAAAAAUCGAUGACGUAAUUUAUGGACAGCCCCUAAUCUCAAAAAUAUGUCCCAUAACUCUUAUGUCAGUGAAUUAAGAACUAUGGGACAUAUUUUUAAGUAAGCUGUCUACACCCAUAUUUUUACAGCUGACUGUACCUACCUACUCUUUGGAGACAAUACGAUGUUCGCCAUAGUAUAAAUAUAUACCUAGAAGAAUAUUGUAAUUUGAUACCUACCUGUAGUUGUUGCCACUGUGAUUAUUAAACAAAUUUUGUUG